AUGGAGGUUGACAAGGAACAACAUGAGGAUAUCCCUAACUAUAAUAUAGAAGAUGAGCUAGAUGAUGGAAACCAAGAAUAUGAUUUGGAGACAGAGGAUGGUGAGAAUAAAGACAUUCACUACAAUUGCCAAUCAGAUUCGGAAAAAGAAAUCCAUAAAACAAUUCCUACAAGGUCAAAUAAGAAGAGGGGCGUGACUCGGUUUCCAAAACUGAAGACUGAAUAUGUCAAUUAUGGUGCUAAAAAACAUGUCAGGUUCGAUGAAUUCGGUAAGUUUACAAGGAAGAAUAUUGCAUUGUUUGUUAGCUAUUUGGGUGAUCUCAUAUGCGAGAAGAUGGAACAUGAGAAGCAGAUAAAAGAAGGACAAGUAAAUGUUGAACUAGGAACGGAUGUCAUGACCUUAGUUUUUGGCAAGGAAAAGAGCGGAUUUUUAAAGGGUGUUGGCACGGGAGUCACUUACAACAAAUAUUUCAAUGUUCGUCGCAGCAAAGGGUCAUCUAACGAUGAAAUUAAGGAUCUUAAAGUUGCAAUGCAUAAUGGAAAACUUGAGCUUGAUAAAAAAGAUGUUGAACUCAAGGCUUUGUCUACAAAAGUUAAUGAACAAGAUCAAACACUAAAGCUAGUUUUGGCUCAUCUUAAUGCAAAAGAAGCUGACUUUCCAAAUCUUUCUCAUACAAUUUGA